AUUUUUGGCCAUGCAUCACUUUGGUUGCAGAAGCAUAUAGAUGAGAAAGACUUGAUGGAGUCAACUGCUAGGCUUAUGGAGAAACCAAGCCAAGAACAACAGCAGCAGCAGCAGGCCCUAAAGUGCCCUCGUUGUGAUUCAUCAAACACAAAGUUCUGUUACUACAACAACUACAGUUUAUCACAGCCAAGACACUUCUGCAAGGCUUGUAAGAGUUAUUGGACUCGGGGUGGCACUUUAAGGAAUGUUCCGGUGGGCGGUGGAUAUAGGAAGAACAAGCGUGUGAAGAGACCAGCGGCUUCAGCCAUUGAUGGUGCUUCUUCAACUUCUGGUGCAAAUACUAACACUCCAAUCUCUCAACCUCAAAUCGGUGUCUCUUCGACCUCAACUCAUCAUAUUAACCCUUUGUUUUAUGGGUUAGCUAAUACCCCAUCUGAUCUCAAUCUUCCCUUUCCUCGGUUCAAUUCAAGAGUUUCAGGUGUGGAAAACGUAACAGGCUAUGGUCUCCAGCCUGAUUUAAAUGACCUGGGAUUAGGGUUUUCUUCUGGGAUAGUGUCUAGUGAUGCCGGGAACAGUAAUUAUCGAAAUGUUUUUAACACUAACCCGAGUAACCCAAUCCAGGAAGUGGCGACUUCAAAUCCACUCCUUUCAAGCUACUCUAAUCUCUUUGGAUCCUCAUCUUCUACCACCACCACCACCACCACACCCACCAUUGCUUCUUUGUUAACUUCUACUCUUUACCAAAACAAGUUCACGAACAGUUGUUUUAAAAGUACUCAACUGCCUAACCAAAUGCAAGCCUCGGCACCUUUUGAAGACCUUCAAAUGACGGGUGACACUGAAAAUCGGCUAACCAUGAAAGAUAUUAAAGUUGAAGAAGCGAAAAGGAGAAUAGAAUGGAAUGUACCUUGCCAGAAUCAGCUCGAUCAAAUCGGUUUAUCUGAUCCUGCAGUUUAUUGGAGCACGCAGGCGUCGGUGCUUGGCAUGAUCCAGCAAACAUUGGAUCCUCAGUCACUUCUCUGAUAUAGGAACUAAACUACUCUUGUUCUUCAAAUUCUCCCCCUCUUUGUUUGGUCUUUUUUGGGGGUUAUAGGUACUUUGUUUGGGUUGAUUACUACUGUGGGUAGUGGAUUCCAUAGUCAUAAUUGGGUGGGAUUGAAAAAA